ACGACGCCGGCGCCGGCUGCAAAGACAAGAGCAAAAUUUCACACGCAGCAUAACAAUUAUUUCAGUCGCGUUUUUCACGACCUGCCCGCGGUUGUUGUUUCAACAAAGUUUCCUUCUUUUUUUCCUCCAUAAAAUCUCCAAACGGAUUUGUUUAAACAAAAUUGUAUUCAACGCAGACACAUAUCGGUGCAAUUGGACCGCUUGCUGUCCGCGAGUGAGGAAAUCGGAAAAGCCGGCGAAAUAAAGGGAUACCGAGUGCCAGAGCCAGCAUCCCAGUGAAGACACCCGCCCAAGGAACUCACAACUGCCGCGCAUUAGAUUGGACCGUGAUGACCACCCAAAUUUGAAAAGAUCAAGAAAAACGAAAGCGGAGUCAGCAAAGGACAUAUCAUUAGCCAGUUAGCGUUAUACGUAUUUGCAAAAUGUUUGACAUCACCUGGCUGCCCACCGCCUGCGGAUCGCUGGCUCCGGCCCUCAUCCCGCCGGCCCACAUCGUCAUCCUGUGGUACUUCUGGGAGAACUACGCCCGCUACGUGGACAGGCACUUCUGCACCUGCUCCUGCUGGGACACUGUCUUCAAAGGACCCUACGAGUCGGGCGUGGCCGCCUACAAGCACAUGUACUUCAAUGCCACGCCCAACAGCUUCAAGAUGUGGAUUAUGACCGUGUUUGCCGUGAUUGCCCUCUACGAGUGCAUCAAAAGGCUAAUCGCCCUGAUCCUGCAGCAGCGCGUGCGGUACUCAAUGCUCCUGCUCUUCCUGCUGUCCAUAUUCUCACACUACUACGCCUGGUGGGCGUACAUAAACUACUACAACGACGACUACUACAAUCAGUGGAACCACCAGCUCUUCUUCACGAUAACCGAAUUGUUUUCAACGGUCCUGGUGAUGCACCUGGCCAACACCACAAAUGUGGUUACCCCGAAGAAGGUGUUCUGCAUUGUGGGCAUCGCUCUGCUACAUAUUCUGGCCAGCAGCUUUGACCAGUUCUUCAUGAAUGUUGUGCGCGGCGAGGGUUAUGCCCAUCAGAUAGUCCGGGACAUUGGGUUCAUGGUUCCCGAUCUUCUCCAACUAUUUGUGCCGGUUUGGCUGCUCAGGCAGGCGCGUCGCGAGAGUUACACCACGCGACCCUUUCACCGGGAUAGGAAACUUCACCGGGACAUUGUGGCCAUGCUGUGCCUGGUGUCGCUGCUCUUUGUCAUCUGCACGGUUUUGUGAGAGCGGAUCAUGCUGGAGGUCUACGAGGAGCGGUACGGAAAGGUGGUGCCCAUGCAGGACAAGGCGGUGCAGCUGCUGAAUCGCUACCGGAUGCUGGCCAGCGGAAAUGUGCACAAUUAAAGGUGAUUGAUUGCUUUCGGUACUGAUCGCCUGUGGGUGGACAAUAUCGGCACUUGGCGGCAGUAAGUGCGGAAUAUCCUGAAUUCCUGUAGAAUUUUCGUAUUUUCAUUUACCGUUUGUGAUAGUUUUUUCUUUUGAGAAGAAGUGAGUUGAAGACGAGCAUAUCGAUAAGCGUAAUUAUCAGUUAACCAUGGUACAUAUUCAAUACAACAAAACUGUAAUCUUCCAUUUAGAACCGUUGACCGAUGUUAAGUGCAUUAUCAUUAACCCAUAGUUGAACUUAGGUACAAUGUAGUGAAAUCCAGUCCUGGAAGUCCCAGAAUCAUACGAGUAGAAGGGUGUAGCCCCGAUAGACACAACGAUAAACAGUUAUCACAGAUAUGCACACAUGUGUAGAUUAAUUAUGGAACAACGAUGCGAAUACUUAAUAUUGAUUAUGGUUUAUGGAAGUGGAGACCCACCCAAUGUUAUACUACAUUAACAAGUUACAUGCGACUUAGACUGUUGUUAGAUAAUAACAAUAUAAUACAUGUUCAUCAUGGCAAAUCAAUAUAUUCCAGUACAUCUAGUAGAAAAACCACAAACAAAAUAACAACAAAUAACAAAAACCAAAACCGUAGUAAUCAAAAUAGCGUUAUACUAUAUUGUUACGAUUAACUUUACAUGAAGAAAAUCAAAAACAUGCAGAUA